AUGAGAGAAGAUGAUAUUCUUUCACAAUUACGUUUAGAAAGUGAAGAACAAUUAGGUAAAGCAAGUGUAAUGAUUUCAACACCUGAACAAACACAAUUAUUAAAAUUAUUAAUUAAAUUUUCAAAUGUAAAAUCAAUUUUAGAAAUUGGUACAUUAACUGGUUAUUCAACACUUGCAUUUGCAUUAUGUGAUAAAGAUAUUAAUAUUACAACAUUGGAUAUUAAUGAAGAAUGGUCUAAUUUAGGUAAAAAAUAUUGGAAAUUAGCCAAUGUUGAUUCACAAAUUAAAUCAAUAAUUAAACCAGCAUUACAAAGUUUACAAGAAUUAAAACAAGAAUUAAAACAAUUUGAUUUAAUUUAUAUAGAUGCAGAUAAAGAAAAUCAAUUAAAAUAUAUUGAUUUUGCCUAUGAUUUAUUAAGAGAUAAUGGUUUAUUAAUUAUUGAUAAUGUAUUAUGGGGUGGUCAAGUUGUUUUUAAUGAAUUUAAAAAUACAUCAUGUGAAUUUAUAAGGAAAUGA